CGAGAAAGUGAAACCGAAAAGAUAGCAAAUGUUGUCUGUUGCUUUGCCAUUGCCGUUUUGUUGCUAAUAUCGAGAGAAUAUAUUAGAAACUUAGCAGGAUAGGGUGGGCCCCACAUAAACCAGACAAAUUGGGUCCCACACUUAUAACUCUCCGAAAGUUAUUAUCGGUCCAUUUAUGAUCGUUGUAGGAAGCUUUCUUUGGCAAGAUCUGUUCUCUCUCUCUCUCUCUCUCUCUCGUCACAGGAGACGCGUGGCGUGGUUAUUUUCUUCUUUAGAUGUUUUUCUUUUCUCUACACACAGAGAGAUGAGUACUGUUCCUCUAGUUACAGAGAUCUGAGAUUUUUUUUUUUUUGCAUAGCCAAGCCACAUGAAUGACUAAGAAAUGGGGAAAAAGGGGACUUGGUUCUCUGCUUUGAAGAAAGCUCUCAGUCCUAAGAAAUCCAAAUCAAAGAAACAAGAGAAGAAUCUAGAUCCAAUUGUUUCUAUAUAUGAAGAAACUACCACAUUAGCUGCUCCUGCCCCUCCACCUCCACCACCACCUCCUCUUCCUCCUCCUCCUCCCCCUGGAGAAGAUGUAAAAUUAACUGAAGCUGAGAAUGAGCAGAGCAAGCAUGCAUAUUCUGUGGCACUUGCUACUGCUACGGCUGCUGAGGCAGCUGUUGCUGCUGCCCAUGCUGCUGCUGAGGUUGUUCGGCUCACUAGUGUGGCCCGUUAUUCUGGAAAAUCAAGGGAGGAAAUAGCUGCUAUCAAAAUUCAAACGGCGUUUAGAGGAUACUUGGCAAGGAGGGCAUUGCGAGCUUUGAGAGGGCUGGUGAGAUUAAAGAAGUUAAUACAAGGCCAAUCUGUCAAACGGCAAGCGACUAACACCUUACGGGCAAUGAAGACUCUUGCUCGUGUGCAGUCUCAAAUUCAUGCAAGGAGGAUCGAAGUGUCAGAGGACAACAACGCCAUACAGUGGCAGCUCCAACAAAAACGUGAGAAAGAGCUAGAGAAGUUGAGAGAUGCUAUUGGAGAAAAUUGGGAUGAUAGCAUGCAGUCAAAGGAGCAAAUUGAAGCAAACUUACUGCACAAGCAAGAAUCUGCUAUGAGAAGAGAAAGGGCAUUGGCUUAUGCAUUCUCUCAUCAGCAAACAUGGAAGAACUUUUCAAAAUCAGCAAAUCCAACGUUUAUGGAUCCAAAUAAUCCUCACUGGGGUUGGAGUUGGUUAGAAAGAUGGAUGGCAGCCCGGCCUUGGGGGAGCUGGAGCACGAUAGAUAAUAAUGAUCUUUCUUCUGUUAAAAGCUCAACAAGUCGUGCCAUGUCUAUUGGUGAAAUCAGCAGAGCUUACUCUCGUCGUGAUCUCAACCGUGAUAAUAAGCCUUCACAUGGUGUCCAAAUAUCAAGCCGAGCUUCCAGUCGUCAAUCUCCUUCAACUCCUCCUUCCAAAGCGCCUUCUAUAUCAUCAGUAACAGGGAAAGCGAAGUCACCAAGUCCAAGAGGGAGCGGUUGGGGUGGGGAUGAUGACUCAAGGAGUUUGUUCAGUGUCCAAUCUGAGCGAUAUCGGAGGCACAGCAUAGCAGGUUCAUCGGUGAGAGAUGAUGAGAGCCUAGCUAGCUCACCCUCAGUUCCAAGUUACAUGACACCCACACAGUCAGCAAAGGCAAAAUCCCGGUUGCCAAGCCCCUUAGGAAUAGGGAAGAAUGGGACACCAGAAAAGGCAUCCGCGGGUUCUGUAAAGAAGCGGCUUUCUUUCUCUGCUUCCCCAGCUGGACCAAGGAGGUAUUCUGGUCCUCCUAGGGUGGAAUCCAAUGUCAUUAACAACUUUGAAGUGCAUAAAGAAGAGAAACCUAUCAAUGGGGAAAGCAGCAGGUAGGAUGGGACACAACAUUUCAUUUUAGGUAUUAGUGUGCAUCCAUCUUUCUUUGUCAACAACUACUUUUGUUAGAAGUGUGCGUGGAGGGGAAAGAAAAAAUAGGGAAUAAAGGAUUGUUAUUAUUGCAUGUCAUUGCCAUUGUCAUCACUGCCAAGACCUUUUUUAUUCUUCUAAACAAAAUGCCUGUGCUUGGGAUUUGUUAUGUAUUAUGUUGUAGGAUUGAUUUCAAGAUGAUGAUAGUAUGAUUUAUUUAGUCGUAGUCUUACCGAGAUA